AUGCAGGCGACCUCCGAUCUCAAUACACCCACGUCUUCUGCGGAGAGGACCCUGCCUCUAAACGGUACUCCUCGGAUGCCGCCUCCUGCUGCCGUUGCCCCUCAAGCCCAGCCCAUGGUUCUGAACGGCGUUGUCAACACAUCUCCAAACCCUAUCGUGCCACAGGCACCACCUCCGACCGUGGUUGCGCCUUCAGUGCCGUGUCCAACUCUUGUCGCCUCUCAAGGCCAAGCUGUAGCUCCGAACGGUGUUGUCACCCCUACUUCCAGCCCCAUUUCACCGCAGGCGCCGUCUCCAACUGGUAUCGCUCCUCAAGGCCAGGCCGUAGCCCUGAACACCGUUGUCACCCCCGGACGCACCCUCGCCGCGCCGCAGGUGCCGCUUCCGACCGUGGUCGCUUCUCCAGCACCUCAGACUACUGCCAUCCCUCAAGCCCAGGCCGUAGCUCCGAAUGGCAUUGUCAUCCCUACUCCCAGCCCCAUUGCAUCGCCAGUGGAACCCCCCAUUGCCGCCGCUCCUCGGACCCAGGUAAUAGCUCCGAACGGCAGCAUCGUCCCAGCUCCCAGCUCCACCCCGCCGUAUGUGCUGCCUCCGACUGCUGCCGUCCCUCAAACCAAGGCUGCAGCUCUGAACGCUGUUGUCAACCCUGCUCCCACCCCCAUCGUGUUGCAGAUGCUCCCUCCGACCGCUGCCGCCCCUCAAGCCAUGGCCGUAGCUCUCGGAGAAGGGUCGUUUGCAGAGAACGAGCAAACAGAAAAAGAAGAAGAAAACGUCAAAGACGAGCUGGAGCGAACUCACCGUACCCGAAGACCACCGAUGGCCAAGCAAGUGUCCAUGCAGUGGUUGGAUGAAGCGCAUGCGUACCUUCUUCAGGACAUUGAUGAUGAGGACUGGUGUGUCUGCCUUGGGCAUUGGGUGAACUUCGAGCACGGCGAAGCAAGAGCUCUGGAGACAACGUCUUUUCGUCUUUCAGCCAAACAUCGCCCUCCUUCAAUGAAGAAGUGGCUAGCCAACCGAAAGUAUGCCGUGAUCCCGACGAUUGACGUUAAGACGUUCGCGGAGGAGUGGCUGCGUUGGUGGAAUGAGCUACAGCCAAAGCGGCGUCAGAACCCGGAUAACGGUGUCCCAUUGGAGCUUACCGACGGCGAUCUGAAGGAUAUGACGCAUUUGAGGAAGGGAGUUAACGACCCUUCUGCCGACAUAACCUUCCAAUCCUCCGAUGGCACUCUCUUCCAGAUCCACUCUGCCGCGCUUAAGUGGACAUCCAGAGGCUUCGAAGUCCCAGAAGACCCGACGCUCGAUCAUAUGCCGAUCCCACUCCAGGAGAGCGCGGAGACGCUCGAAAUUCUCUUUCAGUUCAUUCACCCCCGCGAAGAGUCGCAGAACUUCCGCCAGCCCGACUUGAGAGCGAUGGAGCCUGGCUUGUUCUUUAGGUUCGCGGAGGCGGCAGAGAAGUAUAUCGUGUUUGGGGCGACGACGAGUUGCGUACUACAUAUGCAUCAACUUGUCAUGGAUCACCCCCUGGAGAUCCUCUGCCACGCUCAUAAGCACGGAUACCCCGAUCUUGCAGAUAAAGUCGCCAUACAUACGUUGGGCUUCCCUGACGGUGAAGCGGCGCGAAAGUUGUCUGCUCCUGGCUUGCUUAGCAAAUGGCUUAUGUAUCGCAGCCACUGGACAGAUGCUAUCUCACUGAUGCGUAGUUACUUCGAGGCGCAUGCGGGCUAUGAGUGUCCCCUCCUGCGAGGGGUGGCGGUGAAUUACUACAAUCGGGCCCUCGAGAGCCCCUCUUUGGCGUUCAUCUUGAGCCCAGCGACAGAUAGGGCGAAUUGUCCUUAUGCGUACGGCCAAGCCCAUUGCGGGUGCCGCAGGCGGGAAGAGUGGCAACAACAGCUAGACGAGAGGUCUAGGAACGCUCCGAAGUUCAGUAGUAUUGUGAUUUCUGACUAA